AUGUCGAGCGGCGGCGGCCGAGGCGGAGGGAGGCCCGGGCCCCGGGACGCGGACGGCGGGCUGGCGGGGAGCGCGGACCCGCUGCCGCCGCCGCCGCUCCCGGCGCUCCCGCCCUUCGGCCCGGACGACGCGGACACCGACGCCGACACGGACACGGACGCGGACGGCGAGGGGCGCGCGCCCGUCCCGGAGCUCAAGCCGGUGCGGCGCUUCGUGCCCGACUCGUGGAAGAGCUGCUUCCUCCGGGGCCCGCGGCCGGCGCGCGGCUGGGCGGCGGGGCGGCUGUCGGGGGGCGCGCGGUGCUCGCCGCCCGCCUCCCCGGCGUGGGCCCCCGCGGACGAUCCGGCGGGGGACCCCGCGUACUACCCGGCGGGGGACCCCGCGUACUACCCGGCGGAGGACCCCGCGGCGCGGGCCGAGCGGCUGCGCGCCCGCCACGCCCCGAUGCGCUCGUGGGCCGGGCUGCUGCGCGCGCUGGGCGCGGCCGAGCUGCUGCUGGGCGGCGGCGCGCUGGCCUGCGUGGCGGCCUACGUGCACCGGGACAGCGAGUGGCACAACCUGCUGGGCUACGGGGGCUACGGCGGCUACGGCUACGGCUACGGGGGCUACGGCGGGUACGGGUACGGCGGGUACGGGUACGGCGGGCCGCGCACCGCCUUCGUGCUGGGCGCCGCCGGCCUGGCCUGGGUGGCCACGCUGCUCGUGCUGGCGCUCGGCAUGUCGCUCUUCUACCGCGCCGUGCUGCUCGACUCCGGCUGGUGGCCGCCCUCCGAGUUCGCGCUCAACGCGGGGCUCUGCGUGCUCGACCUGGCCGCCGCCCUCGUCUACGUGGACGACGCGCGGCGCGGCGGCCUCUGCUCCCAGCCGCUCUUCCUCCCGCCCCCCAGCGCCGCGCUCUGCCGCCUGGAGGGCGGACAGGCCGCCGGCCUCGUCUUCUUCUUCGUCACCGUGUUCCUCUACCUGGCCAGCGCCCUGGCCAGCCUCAAGCUGUGGCGGCACGAGGCGGCCCGCCGGCUCCGGGAGCGCCAGGGCGGCCCCCAGAGCACCCAGCCGUCCCCGCCGUCGGAAAGGAAGCUGUGUGCCGUGGCCGCCAGUGACCGGCAGGGAGACCCUGCGGGCGACUUCACAGAGCUGAGAAGCACGACGAUGAGGCCGGAGCUGCGCAGCGCCUGCAUCCCUCCGGGCCACACCCCCAGGCCCGUGGUGAUGCCCGACUACGUGGCGAAGUACCCUGCGAUUCACACGGACGACGACCGGGAACGCUACAAAGCCGUGUUCCAGGACCAGUUCUCCGAGUACAAGGAGCUGUCAGCGGAGGUGCAGGCCACGCUGAGGAAGCUGGACGAGCUGGGCGCGGUGAUGGACAGGCUGCCGCAGUACUCGGGGCACCGCCAGGAACAUGAGAGAAUUUCAAGAAUCCAUGAAGAGUUUAACAGAAAAAAGCAUGACCCCUCGUUCCUGGAGAAGCGGGAGCGCUGUGACUACCUCAAGAAGAAGCUGUCCCACAUCAAGCAGAGGAUCCAGGAGUACGACAAGGUCAUGGACUGGGACGUCCGCGGCUGGCCCUGA